GUGGGGGGGAGAGCUGGUUUGGUUGUCAUGGCGAUGAUGCAGUUGGCCUGGGCCCUUCGGGCCUCUACUGCGGCCGGGAGGCUAUGCAGUCCUGGAGGCACCGGGGGCGCCCGGAGAAGGCUGAGCUGCAGCGGGCGGUGGCGGGCGGCGAGGGGCGCCAGCCCGGGGCGCCGGCUCAGCACCGCCUGGGCACCUGCCCAGCCAGCGCUGGAGGAGGCCGUGGGUGCCGAGGACGAUGCCCACUCACCUGCAGACGACAAGCCAUCAUGGAUGACACCCCCCGCGGCCCCGGUGCCUCCCGAACCUCCCGGGCCCCCAGGCGGCCGCUCGUUGGUGCAGAGGGACAUCCAAGCCUUCCUGAACCAGUGCGGGGCCAGCCCUGGGGAGGCGCGCCACUGGCUCACGCAGUUCCAGACCUCCCACCACUCUGCGGACAAGCCCUUUGCUGUUAUCGAGGUGGAGGAGGAGGUGCUCAAGUGCCGGCAGGGCGUCUCCAGCCUGGCCUUCGCACUGGCCUUCCUGCAGCGCAUGGACAUGAAGCCCUUGGUGGUCCUGGGGCUGCCCUCUCCCACAGCGCCCUCGGGCUGUAUUUCCUUCUGGGAGGCCAAGGCACAGCUUGCCCAGAAUUGCAAGGUGCUGGUGGAUGAGCUGCGGCACAAUGCCGCCACAGCUGUGCCUUUUUUUGGUGGCGGGUCGGUGCUAGGUGCCUCUGAGCCAGCGCCCCACACCAGCUACGGGGACAUCGUCUGGGUGGAGACGGACCUGCUACAGUGGUGCCUGGAGUCGGGCAGCAUCCCCAUCCUUUGCCCCAUUGGGGAAACGACCGCGCGCCGCUCAGUGCUCCUCGACUCACUGGAGGUGACGGCAGCCCUGGCCAAGGAGCUGCAGCCCACCAAGAUCAUCGUCCUCAAUAACACGGGCGGCCUGCGCGACAGCAGUCACAAGGUCAUAAGUAACGUGAACCUGCCCGCUGAUCUGGACCUGGUGACCAGUGCCGAGUGGGUGAGCACCAAGGAGCGGCAGCAGAUUAGGCUCAUCGUGGACGUGCUCAGCCGACUGCCCCACCACUCCUCGGCUGCCAUCACCGCCGCCAGCAUGCUGCUCACGGAGCUCUUCAGCAACAAAGGGUCCGGGACCCUGUUCAAGAACGCUGAGCGGAUGCUGCGGGUGUGCAGCCUGGACAACCUGGACCAGGACCGCCUGGUGCACCUGGUCAACACCAGCUUCGGCAAGAAGCUCCGAGAUGACUACUUGGCCUCGUUGCGCCUGCGGCUACACUCUAUCUACUUCUCUGAAGGGUACAACGCUGCCGCCAUUCUGACCACAGAGCCUGUACUGGGGGGCACCCCGUAUCUGGACAAGUUUGUGGUGAGCUCCAGCCGCCAGGGUCAAGGCUCUGGCCAGAUGCUGUGGGAAUGUCUGCGUCAGGACCUGAAGACGCUUUUCUGGCGCUCCCGAGUAACUAACCCCAUCAAUCCCUGGUACUUCAAGCACUGUGAUGGCAGCUUUUCCAACAAGCAGUGGAUCUUCUUCUGGUUUGGCCUGGCUGAUAUCCGAGACUCCUAUGAGCUGGUCAACCAUGCAAAGGGGCUGCCAGACUCCUUUUGCAAGCCGGCUUCUGACCCAGGCAGCUGACCCUCACCACCAGCCCUGCAGGCCCUGGGACAGCCAGGGUGGACUGAAAGCCAUGUCUGCUGGAGGUAACUCCAGGCAGCCACAGGCUGGACCUGGUUUGUUGGCCGAGUGUCCUGCAGAGGAAGAAGCAGCCCCUACUCUGCCCGGAGGCGGAGGGCAAAGUGGGGCAAGCACAGGAAGGAGAAGAGUCCACCCAAGACCCCUACUUGCUCCAAAGCCACAACAAAAUGGCCUUCAACUUUCAGUCGAGGGACUUGGUGGGGAGGGGCAGGGGAGGACUUGCCUUCAAGUAUUCUACUCAGGACUAACUUUAAGAACAGGUCAGUUUCUGUGGCCUCUGUGCUGUGUUUUGAGGCUCGCUUGACCCAAAUAUCACCCCAAUCUGCCUGAUAUUCCACCACUCAUUUUAAUUCCUUUGGGUCUUGCAACUUUGCAGGAGGCUUUGAUUAAAAUGCAAAUUCUUGAC